AUGUCAGUGGAUGAAGCAGCAACACAAAAUAGUACUUUGAACCAUAGCUUUGAGCAACAGAACGAAGGGCCCAAUGAUAUAGAAGCUAAAUACCCCAACCCAGCAUCAUCGUCUUAUCCUCCCAUUCCUCUUUACGCCCCACCUACCAUUGCCAAUCCAGGCCCUCUGGGUCUAUGUGCAACUGCACUGUGUACCUUUGUCUUGUCUCUUCACAACGCCGGUGCUGGUUUACCAGCCGAUGGUCCUAAUAAUGUGGUCGUUGGUACCUCUAUGUUUUAUGGUGGUCUUGUUCAGUUAUGUGCCGGUAUGUGGGAGUUCAAAACAGGUAAUACAUUCGGUGCGACCGCUUUCUCGUCCUACGCCGGUUUCUGGCUAUCCUACGCUUGUAUUUUCAUUCCUGGCUUCAAUGUCACUGGCGCUUAUACAGAUGCCAAUAUUUUGAAGCAAUCGCUUGGUCUUUAUUUAUUGGGAUGGGCUAUUUUCUCAGGCAUUAUGUUGAUCGCUUCACAUCGCUCCAGUAUCGGUCUAGUCACUCUGUUUUUCUUCCUUUUCCUCACCUUUGUUAUGUUAGCAGCAGCCGAAUUCAACCAUAGUCUGAAAGCAACUGUAGCUGGUGGCGUUUUCGGUAUCCUUGCUGCACUUUCUUCAUGGUACAACGCUCUUUCCGGUCUACUUACAAAAGACUCUUCUUACUUUACCUUACCCGUCGGUCGUCUCCAUUAA